AUAUCGUUUAUCGUUAUAUUAAACUUGAAGUAUAUUGGAGAUAAAAUAUCAUCGACAACACGAAAAUUAGUGAAAGGAUAAUGUAAAAUUGGAAAAUUUAAGCACUUGAAUAAUAGAACACAAAAGGAGAGGAAAAAAAAGAAGAGAAAUGGAAAUUAUUUUUAAUUGCACAAACAAAAUAAAAUGUGAAAUUAACACGUGUUAACGAUGACAUCAUAAAAAGUAUUUGGCCAACGGGAGUUUAUUGCGGAACAAGUGGACAAGUUUGUCAUAACUUCAGGUGAACGCACAGAAUAAUGGCUUUCGAGAACAGUAUUGUGUCAGAGUUUUACAAUGACAAAUGCAUCUUUAUAACAGGUGCUACAGGUUUUAUGGGAAAAGUUAUGUUGGAGAAAUUAUUAAGAAGUUGCGAAGGUAUUAAAAAUAUUUAUGUUUUGAUGAGACAAAAGCGUGGAAAGAGUCCACAAGACAGGAUUGAAGAUCUGUUUAACUGCAAGGCAUUUAGUGUUUUAAGAGAAAAAAAUCCAGAUUCAUUUAAGAAAGUUAUUAUGGUAGCAGGUGAUAUUACCAGUCCAAAUCUAGGUCUUUGCCAAUCAGACAUUGAUUUACUUGCUGAAAAUGUGAAUAUUGUAUUCCAUUUGGCUGCUACUGUUCGAUUCGAUGAACCGUUGAAGCAAGCCAUGAAAAAAAAUGUACUUGGAACGCGUUAUACGCUUGACGUUUGCCAGAAAUUUCCACAUUUAAUGGCAUUGAUUCACGUGUCAACUGCUUACUGUCAUUGUGACAGAAAAGAGAUUGAAGAAACAAUAUAUCCAGCUUCAAUUAAUUUACAAAAAAUUAUAGAUAUUGUUGAUUGGAUGGAUGAAGAUACAAUAAAUGCAAUAACACCGAAAUUAAUUAGUGGAAGACCUAAUACAUAUACUUAUACUAAAGCAUUAGCUGAGAACCUUUUGGAAGAGGAAUGUGGACAAUUACCGGUAGCUAUUGUCAGACCUUCGAUUGUUUCUUCUUCUUGGAAGGAACCAUUUCCUGUAAGGCUUCAUUUAUUAUUUAUUUCUUAAGCAUAAGUUUGAA